AUGUCUUGUUCAACCAUCGAUGACACGUUCGGUCCUCACGCCAAAGACUGUCGAGGCGGUUUUGACUUCACUCUACUCUUUGAACAGCUCGUUCUUACCAUCCUCCCGCUGAUUCCUCUACUGAUUGUUGCGCCCUUUCGUCUUUUCUAUCUAUCCAAGAAGCAGAAGAAAGUGGUCCAGAGCCCGUUGCUCUAUAUAAAGUUAGUAUCUUAUGCUAUCUAUGCUGCGCUCACCCUUGUCCUUCUUCUCGGCUGGGCAAGCACAACGAUCAAGACUAGAGCUUCUAUUCCGGCCUCUGCUCUUACGAUCGCUUCUUAUACGGUUAUAGCCGUUUUAUCGUACGCCGAACAUGUAAAGACCAUUCGCCCGUCUUUUCUCCUCAACAUCUAUCUGUUCUUCUCACUUCUGUUUGACAUUGCUCAAGCAAGGACCUUAUGGCUACGGCAAAUCGAUCUUCCUCUGGCAAAACUUUUCACAGCUUGUGUUGCUCUUAAAUGUUUCGCUCUUCUACUAGAGGCCGUGGGAAAAGAGCGUAUUUUGGAGCCACAGUUCAAAGGGGCCCCACCCGAGGAGGCCGCUGGGAUAUAUAACCGAAGUGUUUUCUGGUGGCUAAAUGGUCUCUUUCGAAGAGGUUACACUAACACUCUUUCACUUAAUGAUCUCUAUGGACUAGACAAACAUCUUGGAGCUGCCUACUUACACAAUCUGCUGGAAUCCUCAUGGACAAAAGUCACAAAUAGAACUCCGCACGCGUUGUUUUUCUCAACAUUGGGGUCUCUCAAAUGGCCAUUGCUGUCUGCAGUAAUUCCUCGGUUGUCGUUGACUGCCUUUAACUUCUGCCAACCAUUUCUACUUAAUCGCGCUAUUAAACUUUCAGAGGAACCGGUCUCAACUGAAUCAAACAAUGACGGUUACGGCCUUAUUGGUGCCUAUGUUUUUGUAUACGUCGGUAUUGCCAUCUCGAUGGGACAAUCCCAACACAUAACAUAUCGCCUGAUUACCAUGGCUCGAGGAGGGUUGAUCUCUAUGCUGUACAACAAGGCAACAGAUCUCAGUAUUACCUCUAUAGACCCAUCCUCGUCUAUGAUUCUUAUGAGUGCGGACAUCGAGAGAAUCACUACUGGCUGGCAAACAAUUCAUGAGAUUUGGGCAAACAUGAUUGAAGUAGCACUGGCGAUUUAUCUACUAUACGUACAACUAGGUGCAUCAUGUGCUGUUCCCAUUGGGGUCGCUAUCGUGUCCAUGGGCGGGUCCCUCGGAGCGACGAACUUUAUAAUGUCGCGUCAAGCCAUGUGGCUCGAGGCUAUUGAGAGACGAAUCACAGCAACCACGGCCAUGUUAGGCUCUAUGAAAGGUGUAAAAAUGUCUGGCCUCACAGAUAUUUUGUCUGAGACGCUUCAAGGUUUAAGACGCGACGAAAUGAGGAUCUCGAAGGGGUUCAGAAAACUCUUGAUAUGGAAUAUGGGAUUUACCUAUAUUACGCCAGUUGCCGCGCCAAUAUUGACCUUCGCUGUCUUCUCUAGUGGGGGGACUUUGAACACUGCGCAAAUAUUCAUGUCAUUGUCGCUAUUCACGCUACUUUCAGAACCGCUGCAGUCUCUUAUAAUGUCUCUAGCGACUCUCAUGGGUGCUGUCGGCUCGUUUGCCCGCAUUCAAGAAUUCCUCACUACUGAACCCCGUGUUGACGACCGGACACAGGCAAGUGAUUUGGAUAUCGUUCUCCGCCAGCACGAGCAAUCCAAAAAGGGAAAGUCGAGUUCAGACACAGCAACGGAGAAAUCGGACUUUGCAGCUUCAAUACGGGAUGAGAACCCCCCUUCGGCUUUUGAUGCUAUCAUUAUCCAAGACGGGAACUUUGGUUGGGAUAGAGAGAAGGAACCCCUUCUCCAUUCGAUCAAUAUGGUGGUUCCGCGGGAAAAGCUUACUGUGGUAGUCGGCCCUGUUGGCUGUGGGAAGUCGACCUUGCUCAAAGCUAUCUUGGGAGAAAUUUCUAUCCUCGGAGGAACAGUUGAGGUGUUAUCGCCAGAGGUUGCCUUCUGUGAUCAGACACCGUGGCACAUGAAUGGAACAAUCCAGGAAAGCAUCCUUGGAAUGUCUGAUCUGGAAGAAAAGUGGUAUAAUACUGUGAUCCAUGCUUGCGCCCUCGAUGCAGAUCUCCGCCAAUUACCGUUGGCGGACCAAACUCCGAUUGGCAGCAAAGGAUUUGCAUUGUCUGGUGGACAAAGUCAGCGCAUUGCACUGGCUCGAGCCAUCUAUGCCCGGAAGGACGUAGUCAUUCUCGAUGACGUCCUCAGUGGACUCGACACUACAACCGAAAAUACUGUUUUUCACAACCUCCUUGGAGUUCAUGGUUUACUACGCAAGCACCGUUCGACCGUUCUUAUGACAUCUUCCUCAGCAAAACGUAUCCCAUAUGCAGACUACAUUGUCUCUCUCGACUCUUGUGGUCGAGUUUCUGAGCAGGGAACUUUCAAAAAGUUAUCCUUACAAGGGGGAUAUGUGUCGUCGUUCAGUUUGGCCCCGCCUGAGUGGCAGUACUAUCAGCAAUCUGUAGACAUAUUUUACGGCAAGUCCAGCAAAGAAGUUGCUACUACAACUGAAGUACUUGAUCCUACAGUGGACGAUUCUGAAAGACGAUCCGGCGAUGUUUCAGUCUACCUAUAUUAUAUUAACGCGGUUGGAUGGAUACCGACCUUGAUCUUUGUGGUCGCCAUCUCGAUCUUUGUAUUUUGUUUAUCAUUCCCAACCAUUUGGGUUAAAUGGUGGGCAUCCUCGAAUGCAGAACACCCCAACGCGAAACUGGGCUAUUAUCUUGGGAUAUAUGGUCUUCUUGGGGUCCUUGCUCUGGUCUUCCUAAUCAUCAGUUGUUGGCAAUUAAUCAUUACAAUGGUCCCUCGAUCUGGCGAGAACUUCCACUGGGUAUUAUUAAAGACGGUCUUAGGCGCACCGAUGUCAUUUUUCACUUCCACCGACAUUGGCGUGACAGUGAACCGGUUCAGCCAAGAUCUUAUGCUGAUAGACAUGGAACUACCAAUUGCCGCAUUGAAUACUUUCGCAACCUUGGUUUUAUGUGUUGCGCAAAUGAUACUCAUCGCCGUCGCAUCUACAUACGCAGCGAUAUCUUUCCCUAUCGUCCUCAUUGCCCUUUUCUUCAUCCAGAAAUUCUAUCUCCGGACCUCGCGCCAACUCCGAUUCUUAGACCUCGAGUCAAAGUCCCCGCUGUAUUCACAAUUUUUCGAAUGCUUGAAUGGCCUCGCUACUGUGCGAGCAUUUGGCUGGCAAAAUGGAAUGGAAAAGAAGAACCGCCACCUACUAGACCAGUCACAAAAGCCUUUCUACCUGCUAUUUGCAGUUCAGCGCUGGCUUACCAUGGUGCUAGACUUGGUGGUGGCGGCGAUAGCUGUGAUGCUUAUUGUUAUGGUCGUCCAACUACGAGGAUAUAUGAGCCCUGGAUUCGCUGGGGUUGCAUUGCUCAAUGUUAUUCUAUUCAGCCAGAGCAUCAAAAUGCUGCUUACUUUCUGGACCAAUCUUGAGACGCACAUAGGAAGCAUUGCCAGAGUCAAAGACUUUACUGAGACAACAGAAGGAGAGCACCUCCCCACAGAAAAUCAAAUUCCACCACCAUCUUGGCCAUCCCAAGGUGCCAUGGAAUUCACCAGGGUAGUUGCAGAGUAUAAAACAUCUCAACCUGUGUUAAAAGACAUAUCAUUCUCUGUCAAGGCUGGAGAAAAGGUCGGCAUAUGUGGCCGGACUGGAAGUGGUAAAUCGUCUCUAGUUGCGAGUAUCUUUAGAAUGAUUGAACAACCGGGAGGGUGUAUAACUAUUGACGGUCUCGAUAUUUCCACCAUUCCACGAGAAGAAAUCCGAACUAGGAUCGUCGGCGUACCGCAAGAUGCGUAUCUCCUCGACGGAAGCGUCCGACUCAAUGUAGAUCCAAGAGGAAGAGCCGAAGAUUUAGCAAUAAUUGAUGCGCUCAAGAACGUUCAGUUGUGGGAGAAUAUCAAGGCAAAAGGUGGACUCGAUACGGACAUUGAGAAGAUUUUCUUGUCCCAUGGGCAAAAGCAACUGUUCUGCCUAGCGCGAGCAUUGCUAAGACCCAGCACGGUACUUAUUCUAGAUGAGGCAACGAGCAGCGUGGAUGCUGAGACAGAUAGGUUAAUGCAGCGCAUUAUUCGAGAGAGAUUUUCCCGCCACACCAUUAUAUCCGUUGCCCAUAAGUUGGACACGAUCUUAGAUUUCGACAAAGUCCUUCUGCUGGAUAGUGGUUCUGUUGUUGAAUUUGACAGUCCACAUGAACUCCUCUCGGACCAGUCGUCGGCAUUCCAUAACUUGUAUCACGGUACGGAAACGGGCGACGACGGGGGAGAUGUAUCUGAGCGGGUAACUCUCUCGGGAUAG